AUCUCAUUAAAAUUGGGAGCAUAACAAAAGGAGCAGAGGAUGGAAGUAACAAAGGUUGAUUAAUACUGAAAUCCAAUCAAACACCCAGAGAAACACCAGAAUUUUAUAGAGAAUUACUGGUUUAAUCCGUUUCUUUAUUAUUAGUAACCAUUAUCAUCUUCCUCCCCCAACCUUCCUCCUUCUCUCUCCUUCUCUGGGCGUCUUUUUAAGUCUGAAGAAUGAUAGCUCCUAGACUGAUCAUCACCUCAUACCCAGCUCCUUCUUCUUUGAAUCCUAAUUCCCAUAUCUCAUCCUCAAUUCCCUUCUCUGCUCCUAAAUUUGGUUCUCUUUGCUUGACAGCAGGAGCCCUUUCUUCGUCCGGCGUGAGAUUGUUUUCCCAUUCUCGAUCUUCCUCUAUUUCUACAAUCCGAAGUGCUGCCACCAAACCCGUGAAAUCACCAGCUGAAGAAGAUUGGAAAAUCAAGCGUGAAUAUCUACUUCAGAAAAGGGUACGCAGCGUAGAUGUAAAAGAAGCCUUACGCCUUCAGAAUGAAAAUAACUUUGUAAUCCUUGAUGUCCGCCCAGAAGCAGAUUUCAAAGAGGUAAGUCAUGUUGACACUGAUUGGUGCAGGUCUCUAAUAGCUGCUUACUUACUCGUUCUCAAUGGAUAUACCAACGUUUUCCACUUGGAAGGAGGUCUAUACUCAUGGUUUAAGGAAGGAUUACCUGCAGUUGCGGAGGAGUGAGGUUGUUGGAUCAGAAUUCAGACAACUCUACAGAAACUCCAACUUUUGACAUGAGCAAAAGACAUUAAUUCUUCUUCAUUUUUCUGUAUCAGUCUUCUUGGGUUACAAGAGAAACAAAGAAGAAGAAGAGGCACCGAUCUUGUUCGCAACCUGAAAUUGUAUCCAGUCUGGUGUGACUGGUGUGUAGAGGUUUUUGGUAGUUUUGCUGAUGUCCAGAGUCUGUAAAAUUGAUUAACUAUUAUGUGCUCUUUUGAGGGUUUCUAUGGAUUGGACUGCUGCAAUGUGCUCA